UUAUUCUAGCAUCACGGCAGCAGGUUCUUGCUAAGUUUGGAGUUACUCGUGUCAUCACAACUGUAUGCCUGCUUGAAGGUGGUGUAAAAACAGGGGCACAGCAGCACAAGGAGUCUGCAUGUCUGCAUAGACAUGCUCAGCUUUGUGGAUACCCGGAUUCUGUUGCUGCUUGCAGUAACUUCAUACCUAGCAUCAUGUCAAUAUGCGGGUCCCAGAGGAGACAAAGGGCCUCGAGGUGACAGGGGUCCUAAGGGCCCAGAUGGAAGAGAUGGCAAACCUGGACUCCCCGGCCCCGCUGGCCCCCCUGGUCCCCCUGGACUCGGAGGAAACUUUGCUGCUCAGUACGAUGGUUCAAAAGCCCCUGAUGCCGGCCCUGGACCCAUGGGUAUAAUGGGAGCUAGAGGCCCACCCGGACCUCCGGGAUCCCCGGGACCUCAGGGACACACAGGACAUGCUGGUGAGCCCGGAGAGCCCGGUCAGACUGGCCCCGUUGGUGCUCGUGGCCCCCCUGGACCCCCUGGCAAAUCUGGAGAGGACGGUAACAAUGGCAGACCUGGCAAGCCCGGUGACAGAGGUACCCCCGGCCCUCAGGGUGCUCGUGGAUUCCCCGGAACCCCUGGACUUCCAGGAAUGAAGGGACACAGAGGUUACACUGGUCUGGAUGGACGCAAGGGAGAGCCUGGUGCCGCUGGCGCCAAGGGUGAGCCUGGUGCCCAUGGAGCUUCUGGAAGCCCUGGACUGGCUGGAUCUCGUGGUAUGAAUGGUGAGAGAGGUCGUGCUGGCCCUGCUGGCCCUGCUGGUGCUCGUGGUGCUGAUGGCAAUGUUGGCCCCGCCGGCCCUGCUGGUCCCGUUGGUGCUGCUGGUCCCCCAGGUUUCCCCGGUGGCCCCGGCCCCAAGGGAGAGGUUGGAGGUGCUGGAUCUACUGGCCCAGCUGGACCUCAGGGAUCUAGAGGAGAGCCCGGUCCCAAUGGUGCUGGCGGCCCCGUUGGUCCCGCUGGUAACCCUGGUGCUAAUGGCCUGAACGGAGCCAAGGGAGCUGCUGGCGCAGCUGGUGUUUCUGGAGCUCCUGGCUUCCCUGGACCAAGAGGAGGACCUGGACCCCAGGGUCCUCAGGGUGCUUCUGGACCCAGAGGCCUCGCUGGAGAUCCUGGUACUCAGGGUGUUAAGGGAGACUCUGGUCCCAAAGGAGAGCCUGGUAACUCUGGACCUCAGGGAGCCCCCGGAUCUCAGGGUGAGGAGGGCAAGAGAGGACCCACUGGUGAGCUUGGUGCCACUGGCCCUGCUGGCAGCCGUGGAGCUAGAGGUGCUUCCGGCAGCCGUGGUAUGCCCGGUUCUGAGGGAAGAACUGGCCCCGUUGGCAUGCCCGGUGCCCGUGGUUCCACUGGUUCAGGUGGACCUCGUGGACCCCCUGGAGAUGCUGGUCGUGCUGGUGAGCCCGGCUCAGCUGGUCUCAGGGGUCUCCCAGGAAGCCCCGGAAGCUCUGGACCCCCAGGAAAGGAGGGACCUGCUGGUCCUGCUGGACAAGAUGGCCGCACUGGAGCUCCCGGCCCAGCUGGACCUAGAGGCCAGCCCGGAAACAUUGGCUUCCCCGGACCCAAAGGAGCUUCUGGUGAGAAUGGCAAGCCUGGAGAGAAAGGAGCCACUGGCCCUACUGGACUGAGAGGAGCCCCUGGAGCUGAUGGCAACAACGGCGGCACUGGCGUCAUGGGACCUGCUGGCGGUCCUGGUGAGAAGGGAGAGCAGGGACCCUCUGGAGCUCCUGGCUUCCAGGGUCUGCCCGGCCCCGCUGGACCCGGUGGAGAGGCUGGAAAGGCCGGAGACAGAGGUAUCCCAGGAGACCAGGGACUUGCUGGACCUGCAGGUGCCAAGGGAGAGAAUGGUAGCCCUGGUGCUGCCGGAGCUUCUGGAGCUCAGGGACCAAUGGGAGCCCGUGGACCUGCUGGAGCCCCUGGAGCUGAUGGUGGCAAGGGAGAGCCUGGCGCUGCUGGAGCUGCUGGUGGUCCUGGACACCAAGGACCUGGUGGCAUGCCUGGUGAGCGUGGAGGUGCUGGUACCCCUGGAUCCAAGGGAGAGAAGGGAGAGGGUGGACACAGAGGCCCUGAUGGCAAUUCUGGCAGAGAUGGUGCCCGUGGUAUGCCUGGACCCGCUGGACCCCCUGGACCCACUGGAGCCAAUGGUGAUAAGGGUGAGGGUGGUUCCUUCGGACCUGCUGGACCCGCUGGACCUCGUGGAGGCUCUGGAGAGCGUGGAGAGGUUGGACCUGCUGGAGCUCCCGGAUUCGCUGGACCCCCUGGUGCUGACGGUCAGCCUGGAGCAAGAGGAGAGCGUGGACCUUCUGGACUUAAGGGAGAAGUUGGCCCCUCUGGCCCCUCUGGACCCGCUGGACAGUCUGGACCUGCUGGUCCUUCUGGCCCCGGUGGACCUCCUGGUGCCCGUGGAGACAACGGUCCUCCUGGUCUGACUGGUUUCCCUGGCGCUGUUGGAAGAAUGGGUACUCCUGGUCCCACUGGUAUUGUUGGACCUCCUGGCCUUGCUGGUCCCGCUGGUAAGGAUGGCCCUCGUGGUCUCCGUGGUGAUUCUGGUCCCGCUGGUCCUUCUGGAGAGCAGGGUAUGGUUGGACCACCUGGUCCAUCUGGAGAGAAGGGACCUUCUGGAGAGUCUGGUCCACCUGGUUCACCUGGUGCUCCUGGAACUGGUGGUCCUCUUGGUCUUCAAGGAUUCGUUGGUCUGCCUGGUGCCAGAGGAGAGCGUGGUACACCUGGUGGUGCUGGUUCUUUGGGAGAGCCUGGCAGAGCUGGACCCGCUGGUCCCCCUGGAGCCCGUGGUCCCCCUGGAAACACUGGUCUGCCUGGCAUGACCGGACCUCAGGGAGAGGCUGGACGUGAGGGUAACACUGGUAACGAUGGACCUCCUGGUCGUCCUGGUGCUGCUGGAUUCAAGGGAGACCGUGGUGAGCCUGGAUCUGCUGGUUCCAUGGGACUUGCUGGUACCCCUGGACCUGCUGGACCCAGUGGCGCUGCUGGCAGACCUGGAAACCGUGGAGAGUCUGGCCCCAGUGGUUCCUCUGGAAAUGUUGGCCCCGCUGGAGCUAGAGGUGCCGCUGGACCUUCAGGACCCCGUGGUGAGAAGGGAGUCGCUGGAGACAAGGGAGAGAGAGGCAUGAAGGGUCUGCGCGGACACGCUGGUCUCCAGGGAAUGCCUGGACCUUCUGGACCCUCCGGUGACACUGGAGCUGCUGGACCCGCUGGACCUUCUGGACCCAGAGGACCUGCCGGACCCCACGGACCCGCUGGUAAGGAUGGAAGAGCUGGUGGCCAUGGAACUAUUGGUGCUCCUGGUUCUCGUGGAGCCCCUGGAUACAUUGGACCUGCUGGUCCUGCUGGUGCUCCCGGUCUGCCCGGACCUCCCGGCCCCGCCGGUGGUGGAUAUGAUGUCUCCGGAUAUGAUGAGUACAGAGCUGAUCAGCCCGCUCUGAGAGCCAAGGACUACGAGGUUGAUGCCACCAUCAAGUCCCUCAACACCCAGAUCGAGAACCUGCUGACCCCUGAGGGAUCCAGGAAGAACCCUGCCCGCACCUGCCGUGACAUCAAACUGACCCACCCCGACUGGAGCAGCGGUUUCUACUGGAUUGACCCCAACCAGGGCAGCAGCAGUGAUGCCAUCAAGGUCUUCUGCGACUUCGCCACCCGCGAGACCUGCAUUUAUGCCCACCCUGAGAGCAUCGCCCGCAAGAACUGGUUCAGAAGCACCGAGAACAAGAAGCACGUCUGGUUCGGAGAGACCAUCAACGGUGGUACUGAGUUUACCUACAAUGAUGAGACCCUCAGCCAACAGAGCAUGGCCACCCAGCUGGCCUUCAUGCGCCUGCUGUCCAACCAGGCUAGCCAGAACGUCACCUACCACUGCAAGAACAGCGUUGCCUACAUGGAUGGUGAGAGCGGCAACCUGAAGAAGGCUGUGCUGCUCCAGGGCUCCAACGAUGUGGAGCUGAGGGCUGAGGGCAACAGUCGCUUCACCUUCUCCGUGCUGGAGGACGGCUGCACUAGACACACUGGUGAUUGGAGCAAGACAGUGAUUGAGUACAGAACAAAUAAACCAUCUCGCCUGCCCAUCCUCGACAUUGCACCUUUGGACAUUGGUGGAGCUGAUCAGGAGUUUGGUUUGGACAUUGGCCCAGUCUGUUUCAAAUAAAUAGACUCAUGAUAAAUUAACACCAAAAAGAGAGAAAGAACGAAAAAACAAAAUCUCUGCCCUUCUUUCUGUGUUGUUUUUUUUUUAUACUGAAUGCUGAUUUCUCUCUGCACAUCCACUUGCUUAAGAUGGGCAACCAUCAGAGAGGACUGAAUGGACUGAACGGAGCGUUUGUGCAAUGCAAAUUAAUACAGCAACCCCAAAGGGACGCGGGAAAACACCUUGUUGUGGGACAUCAUGUCAUCCUUUUGUAAAAAAUAAAAGAAGUGUAAUAAAAAAGCUGAAAGUAUGCAUCACUUUGUGGUCUUUGUAUAUCUUCCAAGGAGGAGGUUUAAAACCACAAUUUCCAUGAAAAAAAGGUUUAAACUACCUCAUGCCUGUACCUAAAGAAAAUACUAUUGACAAAACUUGGGUCCACAACCGAGAUGUUGCGACUUCUUAUGCUUCAAGCUUUGUCCCGUAUCGGAAGGUGCUCAGUUACUUGAAGCAGAGAUCUAUGGUGCUAAUAUGCAGCUGUGGAGCGAACCACUUUUUACUGUAUUACUUUGUAUUGACCUUUGAGGAGUCUUGCAUUCAUCCCCUGAUACUCCCCCACUUUAAGCAGGUGGAAUGCACCUAAACCUUAUGUCUGUUUGGUUUUUUUUUUGGUUUUUUUUCUUGGUUUGGUUUUGUUCUUCUUCUUUUUUUUUGUUUUGUCUAGAAGUUUUUUUUUUGUUUUGGUUUUUUGUUCAGGCUUUUUUUAUCUCUUCAAAUUCCCACACCCAGUGUUCAUACUGACAGCACAUAUUUCAUCCAAUUCUGAAAGGUUUUUAGUCGGCCUCUCUCUCUCAAAAGAUGACACCACAAAGUCUAUUGUACCUAUUUUGUAUAUGUGAGAUGUUUAAAUAAAUUGUGAAAAGUUCUGAAAUAAAGCAUGUCCAAUGUUCCAAAACACACUA